AUGAACCGGCAGCUAGUGAACAUUUUGACAGCCUUGUUUGCAUUUUUCUUAGAGACAAACCACUUCAGGACGGCUUUCUGCAAAGACCAUGACUCCAGGUCUGGAAAACAACCUUCGCAGACCCUAUCACCUUCAGAUUUCUUGGACAAAUUAAUGGGAAGGACAUCAGGAUAUGAUGCAAGAAUCAGGCCAAAUUUUAAAGGGCCUCCUGUAAAUGUUACCUGCAACAUAUUUAUCAACAGCUUUGGGUCAAUAGCAGAAACUACAAUGGACUACCGAGUGAACAUUUUUCUGAGACAACAGUGGAAUGAUUCACGGCUGGCAUAUAGCGAGUACCCUGAUGAUUCCCUGGACUUGGACCCAUCCAUGCUUGACUCCAUUUGGAAACCAGAUUUAUUCUUUGCCAAUGAGAAGGGAGCCAACUUCCAUGAUGUCACCACUGACAACAAAUUGCUUCGAAUUUCAAAAAAUGGCAAAGUACUCUACAGUAUCAGACUCACCUUGACCUUAUCCUGUCCCAUGGACUUGAAGAAUUUUCCAAUGGAUGUCCAGACUUGUACAAUGCAGCUGGAGAGCUUUGGGUACACGAUGAAUGACCUGAUAUUUGAGUGGUUAAGCGAUGGUCCAGUUCAAGUUGCUGAAGGACUGACCCUGCCUCAGUUUAUUUUGAAAGAAGAGAAGGAACUUGGCUAUUGCACGAAGCACUAUAACACUGGAAAGUUUACCUGCAUCGAGGUUAAGUUUCACCUGGAACGCCAGAUGGGAUACUAUUUGAUCCAGAUGUAUAUCCCCAGUCUGUUGAUAGUCAUUUUGUCCUGGGUCUCCUUUUGGAUAAACAUGGAUGCAGCCCCUGCUAGGGUUGCACUGGGCAUCACCACCGUCUUAACAAUGACCACCCAGAGUUCGGGUUCCAGGGCAUCUCUGCCAAAGGUCUCCUAUGUGAAGGCAAUUGACAUCUGGAUGGCGGUGUGCCUUCUGUUUGUGUUUGCGGCCUUGCUGGAGUAUGCAGCAGUGAACUUUGUCUCCAGGCAACACAAAGAGUUUCUGCGGCUCCGGAGAAGACAGAAAAGACAGAAUAAGGAAGAAGAUGUUACUCGUGAAAGUCGUUUUAAUUUCAGUGGUUAUGGGAUGGGUCACUGCCUCCAAGUGAAAGAUGGAACAGCUGUCAAGGCCACACCUGCCAAUCCUCUCCCACAACCUCCAAAAGAUGCAGAUGCCAUCAAGAAGAAGUUUGUGGACCGGGCAAAAAGAAUUGACACGAUAUCUCGAGCUGCCUUCCCAUUGGCCUUCCUCAUUUUCAACAUCUUUUACUGGAUCACAUACAAGAUCAUUAGGCAUGAAGAUGUCCACAAGAAAUAGAUGUGCCCUUCAGACCCUGGACUUUCUUGCCUAACUGUUGUGCUUGUAAAUACACAGUGAAAUUGUCUUUAUAUCACUUUGACAGAGGAGGAGACUGGGGGAGGGGGGCGGGAAGAUCAUGAGGGCAGGUUUCCUGGUACCUACAUGAAUAAAGAUAAGUUAUCUGGGCAAUGAAGGAAAAUGUUUGCACAAAAUUAAGGUGUUGCAGAAUCACGUGAGCAUAAUUCCCUUCAUAGUCUUUAGCAUUGUUCUUUCAGAUGAUGUAUUAAUUAGACAUGAGAUGCAAGGUCAAGUUCUUGAAACGCUAUUUGUCUUUGGUUUGGUUUGGUUUUGACUAAUUCUGGUACAGAAAAGUUAGCUUAAACCACA